GAUGGCCCAGAAGGAGAACGCCCAUCCCUGGCCCUACGGCCGGCAGACGGCUCAAUCGGGCCUGAACACCCUGCCCCAGAGAGUCCUCCGGAAGGAACCUGCCACCCCAUCCGCGCUUGUCCUCAUGAGCCGCUCCAAGGCUGUUAUAGAACCUUCCAACGCCCAGCCCACAGCUGGUCAGAAGAUAAUGGACAACAGCAGUGGGACACCCAACUUCUUAAUGCGAUCCUUCACAAUUGACGACUUUGAGAUUGGGCGUCCUCUGGGCAAAGGCAAGUUUGGAAACGUGUACCUGGCUCGGGAGAAGAAAAGCCAUUUCAUCGUGGCGCUCAAGGUCCUUUUCAAGUCUCAGAUAGAGAAGGAGGGUGUGGAGCACCAGCUGCGCAGGGAGAUCGAGAUCCAGGCCCACCUGCAGCAUCCCAACAUCCUGCGUCUCUACAACUAUUUCUACGACCGGCGGAGGGUCUACUUGAUUCUGCAGUAUGCCCCCCGUGGGGAGCUCUACAAGGAGCUGCAGAAGAGCUGCACUUUUGACGAGCAGCGAACAGCCACGAUCAUGGAGGAGUUGGCAGAUGCUUUGAUGUAUUGUCACGGGAAGAAGGUAAUUCACAGAGACAUAAAGCCCGAGAACCUGCUUUUGGGGCUCCGGAGAGAGCUCAAGAUUGCUGACUUCGGCUGGUCUGUGCACGCCCCCUCCCUGAGGAGGAAGACGAUGUGUGGCACCCUGGACUACCUGCCCCCAGAGAUGAUCGAGGGACGCACGCACAAUGAGAAAGUGGACCUCUGGUGCAUCGGAGUGCUGUGCUACGAGCUGCUUGUGGGAAACCCCCCCUUCGAGAGUGCUUCCCACAAUGAGACAUAUCGGCGUAUCGUCAAGGUGGACCUGAAGUUCCCCACUGCCAUGCCCCCGGGAGCCCAGGACCUCAUCUCCAAGCUGCUCAAGCAUAACCCCUCAGAACGGCUGCCCCUGGCCCAACUCUCAGCCCACCCUUGGGUGCGGGCCCACUCUCGGAGGGUGCUCCCUCCCUCCGCCGUGCAGUCUGUCCCCUGAAUCGUCCCUGCCUUGAACUUGGGUUUUUCCUUGUGUGUAUGUCUGUGUACGUGUAGGGGGAAGGUAGGGUCUCUGGCCUGUUCCCUGAUCUGUCUUCU